UAUUGUUGCGUUCAACUACUUCGCCAAGAAGGGAAAUGUGUACGUGCCCGCGGAGUACGCCACUUGCCGUUACUCGCUGAAGGAAGGCAUCGGCGGCGUGUACAGUACGCUUAUUGGUCCGAAGCAUCUCAUCUUUGGGCAGACGGAAGAGGCAACCGAACAUUCGCGUACCACCCACAGGUUGCCCUUGCCCCCGAUGGCCUUCGGCAGAACAAUGGAAAAACUAUAUAAGAAAUUCAUUGAUGAUUUAUCCGAGGGAUGCCAAGGAGAUGAUCCGAUUAUUGUCUACACAGCCACCGAGCAAAUAUCAAUGGUAAAGGCUUGCUACGCCUAUUUGGCCUGUGAGGCCGAUGAAAAUGAAUCCCUAAACAAAUUAAAUCGUCAGCUACUGGUCUACGACAUUCAGUACCUAUUUUACGCAUUGAAAAAGGCUGCCUUGAGCAUCACGGGAAGGCCGAGCGAUGACAUCACCUUGCAGGUGACCAGCACAAGUUUUCAAGGCGACUAUUUUGACUACACCGCUGGCAUUGCGUGUGACUACCAUGAGGAAAUCGACUCGACCAAGUAUUGCACCAGGAACAUGGUCAUCCGUUGGUGCUACAUCUUCAGCGAUUUUAUUUGCGGAGAUUUGGACAUUCAACUGAAGCCGGGCAAGCACAUUCCGGCAGUGACAGAGCCCAGUUACAACAUCACUUUGGGGGAGCCCGAAGAAAUAUUUUAUGAUUGUGUAUCGGACUGCAGCUGGUAUGCUGGCGACGAGGGCAGCAAUUUGGAUUGUGAUCCACCCCAAGGCCAUGCCAAUCUAUGGGAUGAUAUACCCGGAAUGGAACAACUAAGUAUUCAAGAAAUAUCCGACGAGAAAUGGAGCAUUAACUAAUGAUCAACUGUUGGUUGAGCCACAAGUUUAAUUAAAGUAUUUACCUCCGUCCGAUCUAUCGGCAUCCUCUUCAGUGCGUUCAUUUUCCUCAUCUUUAUCCUCUUCGCCUUCAUUUUUGUCCUGGCAAAGCACAAAAUACGAAUGAAGAAGGUAAAGAUGAUGCAGAUAAAAUCAUUACAUAAAGAUGACGAAAAAUGACGGAGACAAAGACAGAAAGGAAAGGAAAGAAAAGAAAUUAUAAUAAAAUUUAGAAGUUAGAUUAUGGUUACACCCAUUCCCCCUAGUACUUUUUAAGACACUUUAA